GAUGCUGAGUGUCGGUCGUUGGGGGCCGGAAGUUGGGCGCUGGACGUUGAAGUCGGGCGUUGAAGUCAGGCGUUGGGCGGACUUCUCUGAAUCUCAAAUUGCCACUUAAUAUGAUAUCAAGAAAUAAUUUGGAAGCGUCUACUUGUAAAAUGACGGAGAUGUUUAGUUUUGAGAAAAAUGAAAGUAAGCUUCUGGCACAUGAUUCUUUAAGAAGUCUUGGAGCGCAUCCUAACCAUCCUAAUUUCAGGUUGAAAAGCCCAGAGAAUGGAAAUAAGAAGAAAAAUUUUUUGCUUUGUGAGCAAACCAAACAGUAUUUGGCUAGUCAGGAAGACAGUUCAAAUCCUAAUGGCAUCAAUGGAGAAGUGGUUGGAUCCAGAGGAGAAAGUAAGAUAUUGCCAACAGGAAACUCAGUGUCUGCAUUAAAUGUUGGCAAUAAUUCACCACCCCAAAAAGUAAAUACUAAAUUCAGCAAUAAUGGGCCUCCUGCAAAGUCAAAAAAAUUACACAAGCUGGUUGAGAAUUCCUUGUCCAUAAAUAAUCCAGCGCUCUUCGACUCUUUAGGACCCCCUCCUCUGUCAACAACUUGCCAUCACUGUGGCCUGUUUGGAUCGCACAGGUGUUCUCAGUGCAAGCAAGCAUACUACUGCUCCACAGCAUGUCAGAGAAGAGACUGGGCAGCACACAGCAUCGUCUGCAAACCUGUGCAGCAGAAUUUCCACAAACCUGAAGACAAUAAAUCACCUUUUGAAACAAAGAAAACAGAAUUGAAAAACGAGAGUGAUUAUCCAUUUGGAGUUAUUAAAGAAGUAGCCAUUUGUGCUGAGAAAAUAAUGUUUUCUGAUUUGAGAAGUCUACAAGUCAUGAAAGCCAUGGAAAUAAAGGGUACGGUUACUGAAUUCAAACACCCAAGUGACUUUUACGUGCAGUUAUAUUCUUCAGAAGUUUUAGAAUACAUGAGCCAACUUUCUGCAAGCUUAAAAGAAACAUAUGCAAAUAUGGUGCAUGAAGAAGAUUAUAUUCCUGUUAAGGGGGAAGUUUGUGUUGCCAAGUACACUGUUGAUCAGACCUGGAACAGAGUAAUAAUACAAGACAUUGAUGUGUUGCAGAAGAAGGCACAAGUCUUAUAUAUUGAUUAUGGAAAUGAAGAAAUAGUUCCAGUAAAUAGAAUUCACCCACUAAAUAGAAAAAUUGACUUGUUUCCUCCUUGUGCCAUAAAGUGCUUUGUGGCUAAUGUUAUCCCAGCAGAAGGGAAUUGGAGCAAUGAUUGUAUCAAAACCAUUAAAUCACUGUUAAUGCAGCAGUACUGCUCUGUAAAGAUUGUCAGCAUCUUAAAAGAGGAAGUGGUUACCUUUGCUGUAGAUGUUAUGCUGCCAAGUUCAGGAAAAUUCCUAGACUGUGUACUUGUAGAAAUGGGGUAUGGCUUGAAACUCAUAGGACAAAAUUCUAAGCAAAAUGCAGAUCAAAGUGAUCCUGAGGAUGUUGGGAAAAUGACAGCUGAAAACAAAAUUGUUGUGGACAAAAGUAACCUAAUACCAAAAGUGUUAACUUUGAAUGUGGGUGAUGAGUUUUGUGGUAUGGUUGCCCAUAUUCAGACACCAGAAGACUUCUUUUGUCAACAACUACAAAGUGGCCAUAAGCUUGCUGAACUUCAGGCUUCCCUUAGUGAGUACUGUGGGCAAGUGUCUCCACGCUCUGAUUUUUAUCCAGCUAUCGGUGAUGUAUGUUGUGCUCAGUUCUCAGAGGAUGAUCAGUGGUACCGUGCCUCUGUUUUGGCUUAUGCUUCUGAGGAAUCUGUACUGGUUGGAUAUGUAGAUUAUGGAAACUUUGAAAUCCUUAGUUUGACAAGACUUCGUCCCAUAAUUCCAAAAUUGUUGGAAUUGCCAAUGCAAGCUAUAAAGUGUGUGCUGGCAGGGGUAAAGCCAUCAUUAGGAAUUUGGACUCCAGAAGCUGUUUGUCUCAUGAAAAAUAUUGUACAGAACAAAAUGAUCAUGGUGAAAGUGGUGGAUAAGUUGGAAAACAGUUCUCUGGUGGAGCUUACAGAUAAAUCCAUGACGCCCAACAUUAAUGUCACUAAAGCUCUCAUCGAAACAGGCUUAGCCGUAGGGGAAAAGGUGAUAGUGACAGAUAAACCCAGUGACAUGAAGGAAACCAGUGUUCCCUUGGGUGUAGAAGGAAAAGUAAAUCCACUGGAGUGGACGUGGGUUGAACUUGCCAUUGACCAAACAGUAGAUGUUGUGGUCUGUAUGAUGUAUAAUCCUGGAGAGUUUUACUGCCAUGUGCUUGAAGAGGGUGUUUUAAAGCAGCUAAAUGAUUUGAACAAAUCACUAGCAGAAUACUGCCAGCAGAAGUUGCCUAAUGGUUUUAAGGCAGAAAUAGAACAACCUUGUUGUGCUUUUUUUGCAGGUGAUGGUAAUUGGUAUCGUGCUUUAGUCAAGGAGAUCUUACCAAAUGGAAAUGUUAAAGUACAUUUUGUGGAUUAUGGAAACAUUGAAGAAGUUACUGCAGAUGAACUUCAAAUGAUAUCAUCAAAAUUUUUGAAACUUCCGUUUCAAGGGAUACGGUGCUGGUUAGUAGAUAUACAGCCUGCAAACCAGCACUGGACUAAAGAAGCCAUAGCAAGAUUUCAGACAUGUGUUGCAGGGACAAAACUCCAAGCCAGAGUGGAUGAGAUCACUGAAAAUGGGUUGGGAAUUGAACUUACCGAUAUUUCUACUUCCUAUCCCCAAAUCAUUAGUGAUGUUCUGAUUAAUGAGCAUCUGGUUUUAAAAGCUGGUUCAUCCCAUAAAGACUUGCCAAAUAACAGACUUUUAAAUAAACAUGAUCUUCAAAUUGACACCCAGGAGCUUCUAGCCAUCUCUUCAGCCGAUCAGUGGAAGACAGUAGAAUUGCCAGUUAAUAAAACUGUGCAGGCAAGCAUUUUAGAAGUAAUAAACCCUAACUUGUUUUAUGCUCUACCAAAUGACAUGCCAGAAAAUCAGGAAAAACUGUGUAUAUUGAGAGCCAAGUUGUUAGAAUAUUGCAAUGCUCAGGAAAGUCAACCGUCCUAUAGACCAAGAAUUGGAGAUGCGUGCUGUGCCAGAUACACAAAUGAUGGUUUCUGGUACCGUGCAGUUGUUUUGGGGAUAUCAGACACGGAUGUGAAAGUGCUCUAUGCAGACUAUGGGAACAUUGAAACCCUGCCACUUUCCAGAGUACAGCCAAUCACCGCCAGCCACCUGGAGCUUCCUUUCCAAAUUGUUAAAUGUUCACUUGAAGCACUAAUAGAACUGAAUGGAAGCUAUUCUCAAUUAACAAUAACGCUACUAAAAAAUUUCAUGUUGAAUCAGAAUGUGAUGCUUUCUGUGAAAGGAAUUAUUAAAAAUGUCCAUACGGUGUCGGUUGAGAAAUGUUCUGAGAGUGGCACCAUCAGCAUAGCUGAUGAGCUGGUGACGUAUGGUCUGGCGAAAAACAACACAUCUAAAAAGCAAAGUGCUUUAAAUAAAGAAAAGAUGUGUAGGAUGAAUUGCUGCUGCACAGAAUUACAGAAACAAGUUGAAAAACAUGAACAGAUUCUUCUCUUCCUCUUAAGCAAUCCAACCAAUCAAAAUAAAUUUAUUAAAAUGAAGAAACUGUUACAAAGUUAAGUAAGUUCAACUUGACUUUUGUUCCUCUUCUGUUAUCACCAGUAGGCCGUCUCCAGUCCGCACUGUCGGAAUGGAUCUCCUGGAGGAGGCCGUGCUUUGUUUUGUGAUCUGAUGAAGUGACAUUUGGUUGUCGUGUGUUUGCUAUUUUCCCAGGUUUGAGCUGAUCACUGUUUUUUGACCUUCCUAGAGAACUGGGCCUGGGGCUGUCCAGGCUGCAGCGCCCUUUCCUUGUUGUUUGAUUUUGAGAAUGCCAAUGUUAUUGAUAUGUGGAGGGACUUGUAGAAAUUGUCAUGAGGUAAAGCUUGAAUCUUAAAUUCUUUGUGUGUGGAUUUGAAAUGAAUUCAAAUCUCACUUGCACACAUCACUUUAAAUACGUUUAGCACUUUUUGUGAAGAGGAUGGAAGGUGGGCUGGACUGACAGCAUGUUUCAUUUUAAAACCAAACAUACUCCCUUCUUUUGGCUGCAAGGAUUCUGAUGUUUAAAGAACAUAUUUUUUUAUGUUCUCUUUUUUUUUUUUUUUACCAUCUCAGAUCCUUUGUCCUAAGAUGGCCUUCAGAAAUUAUGAUUAGUCACCAAUUAGAACUUCUGAUCAAAGUGAAAUUGUCCUCUGUACUACUUUGAGUUGAUAUCGUUCCAGCCCAAGAGCAAAGGAACCUUGAUUUACUGUGUGCUUGUGUUGGCUAACAUACAGUUUAUAUUAUUACGCUGUUUGGAAAUAGCCCAACAGGCUGCAUGUUGCUCUUUGUGGAUCUCUUAUGGACAUGGUAACUCUCAAGUAGGAACCAACUGUGUUAAAACAUAUUUUCCGUGUGGUGUAAUGUACUGUUUCUUGUUUGUUUUUGAAAAAGUAUAACAGUUCUAAGCUAAAUGUCAUUAAUGCAAGUUCAACAGUUUUGAUUCUCGUGAUUUAUUUCCUUUACAAAUUUUGGCUUAUUUG